UCUCCAGUAACUUUCCUCCACGUUCAGUUCUACAGCAGAACCUCCAGCAGCAGCUCCAGGAACCUCCAGAGCUCCUCUCCGCUCCUCGACCAGCUCAGACCUGAACCAGGAGGACCGGAGCCGGGAUGAGCCGCUCCCGGUGAACCCUCCCUCCCUCCGCUCCGGUUCUGACCCCGCGCCGAGCCGCUCCGUCCCCGCCUCGGAGGCCAUGGGCUGCGGCCUGAGGAAGCUGGAGGACCCGGAGGACAGCAGCCCCGGGAAGAUCUACUCCACCCUGAGGAGGCCGCAGGUGGAGACCAGGACCGACACCGUGCUGGAGUACGUCCUGCUGGACUUCAGCCUGGAAGGAAGUCGUCCCACGGUCCAGUUCAUGUCAUCGCUGUCCGAGCUGCCUCAGGCCCUGCUGCCCUACUACACCCAGGGCUACAUCCUGACCGCCCUGCAUCCCAUCAUCCUCUCUGUGGGCCGGACCCGCUCGCUGCCCUUCAGCCUGCUGUACCGAGCCAUCCUGGCCCGGCCCAGACCCAGUAAACAGACGGCGUCCAUGUGCCACAGUGUUCCGGUGCUGAGGGUGGAGGAGUGGCCGCUACCUGGAGAUUCUCUGACCGGAGACACCGUCAGAGCGCUCAUCGACCGGGUGAACAGCAGCGCUCGAGGAGGCGUUCGAUUCGUCGGUUCGGUUCUGCAGCAGGUGAGCGGGAUCACUAAUGGACGGGUCCACAGUCCAAAGAGGGGCUGCAGAUCCCCCCCAAGAACUCCUCCAGGAACCCCACCUGGAGACCGAGAGCUGGAGGAGAACACCUACAGUCCAGACCUCAGGCUGCUGGUCUUCUUCCACUGCUGGGCUCCAGGCUGUGCUCCUCUGGACUCUCUGGCCUGUCAGUACCACCAGGGGGCGCUCUCCAUGCGCGUCUCCAGGAAAGGUCACGUGGUCAGUUCCCUGGAAGCUGAUUGGCUGGAACUGACUGCUGCCUACUACCGUAAAGGCUGGUCGCUGGUGGACUCCUUCGUUUACUGGGACACGCCGAAAGGUGAACCAGUUCCCAGGUCUCUGGAGGGAUUAUUCGUGUACGAAGAAAGAAGUACUUCACCUCCAGCCAACGACACCAUCGUAGUGGAACAGUGGACCGUCAUCGAGGGCUCUAAUGUAAAAACGGACUACGGUCCUCUGCUCCACACUCUGGCUGAGUUCGGCUGGCUGCUCACCUGUGUUCUUCCUACUCCAAUCAUCAGACACGACAGUGAUGGGAACCUGGCCACGAAACAGGUGGUGUUUCUACAGCGGCCAAUCAGAAGCCAUGCAGCCGGACAGCAGAGACAGCAGAGUCUUUCUGUGAGCAGCGACGUCUCCGGCCGGUCCGUCAGUCGGUCCGUCAGCGGUCCGGUUCAGGAGGACCUGGUUCCGGCUGCAGGAGGCAUUGGAGGGUUCCCGGUGUUUGGAGGGUUCUCCGGUUCUCUGGCCCACCUGGAGGAGGGAGGCUUCGAGCAGGAGGAGGGGAAGGCCGAGGUCACCUGUAUGUAGGCGGAGCCACCGGUGGAGCUCCUCCCACCAACGUUGAGACGACCAGCAGCUCCCGGUAACCGACUGGAGAACAACUCUGCACUUUUUAAAGAACGUUUUUAUGAAGCCAUAAAGAGAAAAAGGUUCUAUUUAGACGUUCCACCUGUAAACUCGCUCUCUGGUUUAGAAGCACAGAACUGAUGGAUGGUUCCACUUUAGUUUUCCUUCCUGAGCCGGCAGCUUCUCCUCAACUUUCCCCUCAGCGGUACCGACUGUCCAGAUGUUCUCAGAUGUUUCAGUAUUAGUUUGUUAUUUGCAGGUUCUCCAGGUUCUGUUGAUGAGUUCUCUACUAGAACAUUCAGAACCUUUGUAAAGUGUGGUUGAAACCGUGGUUAAUGGGAUGGUCUGGAUGUUCUUCUUGUGUGUAGAGAACCAACAGUGGUUCUAUAACCUCAGUACUGAGAGCUCCUGUUCUGGUUCCUGGUAUUUGUCAGUGGAGAACGUGAGAGAGAUAAAGUGAACAUCAAAUCAUGUAAACGUAUUUUAACAGACGCUAAAAUCCAGUUAGAACCCGGCAUGUGCAGAAUGAGAACUCUCGUACCAUAAACACCAUAUUUAGCUCUGAGAUCUUUACAAAACAGAAUUUAACCUCUCAGAACACGGCGGCUGCUCACCUGGUGCAUUAUGGGGAAAGUUUGUUGGGUGGUUUGGGUGUUUUAAAUAUUUUUUUUAUCAAACCUUCAUUAUUCUGGGAGAUUCCAGGUUUGGUGGUGGAUAAACUUUUAUUUUGAAGGCACAUUAAGUAGGAUGGAGGCUGCUAAAAGUGAGUGGUUGGCCUGUUUGAAAACUUUACCUCAGAAUACAUUUGAUUUCUAGUAUUUGAAUCGUCUGGCGGAGCAGAAAUAGUUUUAAAGUUUACUGAUUUGAGAUUGAAAGAAGUCCGCUUCCUGUUUGUUCUCCAAGUUUAAUAAAGUUUAUUUCAUCUCAUUUCACUCAGACUAGUGGACCGUCACCAUGAAGUCACAUUUAAACCAUUUCUAGAAGCUAAACCGUCUCUUGAGGGAGCAUCAUGGUGUUGAGGUCAGAGCCAGCUGCAUUGUGGGUAACAGGAACCAGACAGAACAGUACCUGGAGCUCUCAGUGCUGUAGAGGUGGUCCAUGUUUACUAAAAGUCAGUAUUAAUAUUCCAAAUGUUCCUCUUUGGACACAUUUGUACAUGUUGCUCCUUUAUUCUCUGUUUUUUAUUCUUCUUCUAAUAAACUUUCACAGUAUUUCA